GUCUCUGCAGCAAAGUCCAGUCCAGGAUGAGCAGUCACUCGGUGGAGACCCUGUUGGAGCCGGUGUUUGGGAGGAGAAUGCCUUCGUUCAGUCACAGUGUGGCUCCGGACGAGCUGCCUCAGCCCCCGAGCGUCUCCAGGCUCGUGGGGAAACCGUACGCCGGAGCUUAUUUCUCUUUCAGACCUUCAGGAAAAGACGUGAGCUCGUUCGCGGCGCCGUGGAGCGGCACCGAGAGCCCCGACACACACAGCCCCCAGGCCCCUGACACACAGCACAUUUACAGGAGAGAGAGCCGUUCACACGAGAGCCACCCGGGUUGCACAGACUCUGCGGGCAAACCCGGGUUCACCGUGUACAGGAAGAGCCCCGGCCUCAGCGGGCCCCAGAACACCGCCUCUGUCAUCGUGCGCAAAGGCCCCGCCGGCGCCGAGAGCGUCUCCUCUGACAGACCCGUGUAUCUGAGCGUCCCUCAGGCCGUUUACAGACACAGCCCCUGCUGCAGUGACAUGUGCUGUGUGCUGGGGCCCCCCUGGAAACACAGGGACACCGGGGAGCCUCAGAGACCGGGCCCCUCUGACGCGGCGUACGGCCCCGGACAGACUCUGCCGGCUGUGCUCCAUCAAACGUACGGCUCCACCAGCGUGAAGGAAGUGAGCCAGAGUUUAGAGUGCUCUCCCAGAGCGUACCCCCGGCUGUACCCCUCCCACGCCGCCUACGAGCCUCUGAUUUAUCACAGCGCGGCUCCUGUGACCAAAUAUGGGCACGCGCCGCAGCACCCGCUCUUUUACUAUUCCCCUGGGAGUGUGGAGCUGGAGAGGACCGAGACUCAGAACCCAGGCCCCGUGCACGCGGAGGAGGUCCACAAACAUCCCCGACCUCCCCCCGGGACCCACUACAUGUUCCCCGCUCCUCUGCACGCCGACGUCUCUCUGCGCCGGAGGGAAGUCCUGCCCGGUCCUGCCUUUUUACCAGGACCCGACUUCCCCGGUUACGUCGUCCCGAGGUUAAACAUAAACACAAGUCUGAGCCACGGCCACAGACUCCCGCGUUCGGCUCACUCAGACUUCGCCGACUCGAGCCGUCAGCCCGUGCAGCGUCCUGUGGCCACGUUGGCGUCGGGUUUUAGAGACGCGUCGACCCGGCACAUGGCGCAUUCCUCUGCGAUCGUGCGCGUGGAGCAAAUGAGUCCUACCACAUGUGUGAAAAAGUCUGCAGCGGCUUCAGGCUCUCAGCCGCACAACCGGUACGGCCCCCCGAAAAGCGGCGUUUACGUGAACCCGCACGGAGGAAGAGCUCACCCUCCUCUUCCUCCGCACAUACAGGCAGCAGCGCAGUUACACCUGGAUGUGCAUUCGUCUCGAUAUCCCAUUUAUCGUGCUUAUCCUAAUCACGUCUCGCCGCCGCCAAACACGAUCGCGUCAAACAAAACGAAGGCUCAGAAGAUCCUCUACUGUCCUCCUCUUCAGACUCUGACUAAACCCGGCGCCGCCCCUCAGCCGCCGUACGCCCACCGAGGGAAGAGAGCCAUGUCCACGUCUUCCCCGGUCAAAAUCACCGACGACGAUGACGACGUGUACGUGGUAGAACCUGCGACCAAGAGACAAAAAACCGAUCUGAGAACCGCGGAAGUUAAAAGCACAGAUCUCUCUUCUCCGAUGCCGGUUAUUAAUAAUGUCUUCAGCCUGGCUCCUUACCAAACGUACCUGCACAUGUCCCGGCUGCUUCUGGGGACACUAAACCAGGAGCCCGCGCACUGUACUCCAGAUCAAAACCGAACGGAAGAGCUGAAAACUGAAAAUGUGAAACCGCACUUUGUCGUGUUAAAAAGUCCAAAAGCUCCUCACAGACACGCGGAACCUGCUCGCCACGUCAAAGAGCUCAAGUCCGAUUCAAAGUUUACGAAGAGAGAAGAAAUUCAGCCAUUUUCCGGUAACGUUAAACUAACAACGCUUCUGUCAGAGGUGAAGGUCAAACAGGAAAGUCCAGAUGAGCCGGCACACGUCAGAGCCGCUGUGCCAAAGGUGCCUCCCUCAGAUGUUCCUAAAGUGAAGCUUCGGAGAAAUAGUAAAAGUAAAACAGUUUUCAAAAAGGAACAGGAAGAAGCGGCGGACCGAAGCAGCUGCUCAGACAUUUCAGAGUUUCCAGAACAGCUUAAAAUCAUUAAAAAAGAGCCGGAGGAAAUCGAUCCUCCUGACGCUGAAACUCGGAUGGAGAUUAAGAAAUGUGAGCCAGACGCUGAUCACGACGAGGACGGAAAUAGACGAUCUGGACGUGACUUUGGGCAGAGGAACGGAGGCGCUCCCACACACGGCUCCCCUCCUCCUCCUCGUCCUACUCAUCCUCCUCUUCCUCUUUCUGCUUCUCCGCAUCCUGAAAGAGUCAACUUCCUCAACAUUCCUCCUCACUGCCUAAAACUCUCCACCUACAACAUCAUCCUCCCCGACGUCCACCUGACCCGCGUCGCCCGGAAACACGCCCCGUCUCCCGAACGCCCCAACGCCAACCAGCCAACUGCGCCCGACGUGCCCCCUCAGACGCCUCAGACGCCCGACCCGCCCCCUCAGACGCCUCAGACGCCCGUUCGCAAACAUUUCUUCGAGCUGCAUCAGUCCCUGGUGAAGCUCAUCUCCAAGUCGGUGGCGGCGGCGUCUGAAGACUCUCUGCGCUCGUGGUUGUCCGAGAUGGAGCUGAGCCACGUUCCCUCCAGUAAAAACCAGAGAGUCGCCCGUUUGUUUGGCACGAAGGGCACGGACGCCUGCUUGAACGAGGAGAUGAAGUCCUCGCUGCAGGAAGUCUACCAGCGGCUGAACGAGUACAGUCAGGAGUGCUGCCCUUUCCCCUUCGUGACCCGCGCCGGCGCCGUCUUCCUGCCCAUGCUGGUGGUGAAGGAGGUGCUGUUCCCGUCGGUGCACGGGGCGCUCGUCGACCAGGUGCUUCAGGAGCACAAGGUGGAACUUCGGCCCACGACGCUGUCGGAGGAGAAGGUCCUGAUCCAGAUGAACAAACGCGCCUGCUCCUCUCGCCUGCGCAGACUCAUGUCCUACAAACACCUGCCGGCGGUUUACGGCGACGUCGUCAACCUGCUCUACUACACCUGCGUCUGCAAACACCUGGGAUUAGAAAUGGAGGAUUCCGUCGAUGUCGAGCCUGACGAUUCUUGUGCAGGUCCGAGCAGCAGCCUGGGUUCACCUGUCCCCCUGUCGUCACCUGUCGCCUGUCGUCACCUGUCGCCCUGUCGCCACCUCACGAUGAUUCAGAAGAACUACAAACCCAGUCUCCGUUCAAGAGGAGGAGUCGUGUAAAAAGAAGAUCUCGCCGCUUGUUUCUCGAUUGUUCCUCGGAUGAAGAAGAUCAGAACGAGUCUAAAUCAGAUCCGGCCCUGGACCCGGACCCGAAUCCUGAAGGAUCCGAUGACGCCGACGAUUCUUGGAUGUGUCCUUUAACUUCAGAGGAGCUGUCAGCGGAUUUAACGGCAGAAAACCCAAACCCGCAGCACGAAUUUGAGAGUUCUUCGGUGAGACAAUUCCAAGAAAACCCCAAAAAGCACUUGGGCGUCGUCCUCAAAUU